AUGAACGUCAACCAGAGCAACUGCUCCAGUAUCCAAGACGGCGCUAGAAUCAUCGCGGGCGACUUUGUAGAUCCCGAGAGUGUCUUGAUGGUCAAUGGCCAGCGUGUGUACCCCACUGGCACUACACCCCCGGUCUUCAACUCGGGGGAUGACACGCCGCUGCAAUUCGUAACGGCCAAUGAUAGCGCCAACGUCGCUAGGGGACCUGGCGUCGAUAAUACAGCGGCAUUUUCAGGGCGGCAGCGUCACGGUGGAUCGACUCGGGACCAGCCCACUACUACUAACUCUAACUCGCCGGGCGGCACUCCUAUCUACAACUCUGCUGGCAAGGUCAUUCGCAUCAAGCAUGGAUAA